GGAAUGAACGGUUUAUAUAGGACGCGCGCACGCAGAUGAAACCAGUUUGAUUCGCGAGGUAAACAAAUAAACACCUUCGAAAAAGCAUCACACUUUGUUAAGCCGGCUGAUAGCCAACUAUGGAUACGUUAAAUAUAAAACCGUUAAGUAAGGACUUAGAGUGGCCUCUGGGAGCGUCGUUGGGCGCCAGCAUGGAGGCCACUGGCGCAGGAGGGGCCGACGCGUCCACUGCGCCGCUAGCAUGCACGUCGAGCGAGGAGCGCGCGCUGCGCCGCGUCGUAGGCCGCUGGGGCGCCGAGUGGUUGAGCUGACUCGGCUCCGAGACCCGCGCCGCCGGCAGCUGGCCUGCCGACCACCCCCUCCCGCCGCCGCGGUGGGGGGCCCCCCGCCCCGCCCUGCGACUCACCCUCCGACAAUACGAGGAUCUGGUCGCUAAGGCGGAGGCGCUGUUGAGCCGUCUCGUCGUCUCGGAAAAUUAUGACUCCAUCAGUAAUUUCAUUUCCCUGUACGAUGCCUACAUGGCAGCCCCGGACGCGACUCUUCAGGAGUACUUCCCGAAGUACAACCCGCCUAUCCGUCCCCACAAGCAUACUUGCGUCGGUCUGGCCAUGGAAGUCGAGAAACUGCUGAAAGGCUUAGAGAAGGACUUCCCUGGUAUCUCAAAGUCCAUGAUGAUUGUAUCAUGUGACGAGAACAUCCAAGACUUAGUGGACUAUGCGACAUCCAGUCCGGGACCUCAAGGGUUCUUGAUUGAGAAUGAGAAAGACCACGUAAUGCUUGCUAUUCACGUGAAGGUUGACGGAAGGCCUGGCAUGUUCCUGUCUGACCUGGGAUACCACAUCUCUCGUGUCGUCACGGUGAUGGCUGAUCGUUGCUACCCUCACACUGGCUGGUUCACCCAAUCAGACGAGCCUCACUGCCGCAAGGAGUACAACUACCAGUUCAACGUGCUGAACAGCAACUACAUCGAGUGGCACGAGCGGGAGACCAGGGGCGCCGUCGUCAAGGAGCGCCUGUCUCUCGUGUACGUGGCUAAGGCGUACCUCACCGCCGUCAGCGUCACAGAGAAGAGGAACAUCGUCUGGGAUUUGAGGAGUUUACUCGCCAGAGAUCCUAAGGGUCGUCUGACUGCGGGUAUCUACUUCCCCAUCAAGAAGAAAGAUCAACAAUUCACCAUGUUCUUCGAUGGUAACAACGGCAAACAAAGAAAGAAGCUUAAGUUCGAAACCUUCUUGAAAUUGCAAACGAUCCCAGACGAGCUAGUUGACGAAGUAGAACAAUGCAACGACCAGCUUCACCUCCGUGAUGGCGAGCUCCUCUCCAUCAUCAACAAGCUCGCCACCAUCAUGGCAGACGAGGAGUUCAUGGUGGAACUACAGGAAAUCAACGAUAAGAUCGUGCAACUCUCCGCUGGAAACUAAACCUUAUGUCUAAGAUCUUAGGAUUGCAUUCACCUUGCUGGAACCCCAGGAAAUGAACGAUAAAAUGCAACUGUUCUUUGGAAACUAAAGCUUAUGUUCAAGACCUUAGAAUUGCAAUCACAUUGCUGGUGGAGUUCUAAUUUGGUUUAAUCGGAUAGUUUGUUCUCGAUAGUCGUAGAAAAUUAGGCUUAGAGAAGAGUUCUUAAUAAUGAUAUAUAUGAGAGAACUCGUUAAUUAAUGGAUUUGACACUUUUGGGAUUUUCGUUAAAUUAGACUCAUUACUUCUUUUUUUUAAAUUAGGUUUACAUAGGCCUUAAAAGGCUGUAUACUUCUCACAUCUUUGCCUAUAUCUAGUUUUCACUUAUGUAUACUUU